AUGCCGUAUUUCCAAGGGGCGUUCGAGAAACGCUGUCUCACAACUGGAGCUCCUUCACUCCUCGCAUUCUUCACACUGUCCCUGUCUAUCCUUUUUUUGAUGACAAAUAUCCCUGGUAACCUCUUAGUGAUCCUAGCUGUCCUACGUGAUCCUUAUAAAAAUCUACGUAGUCCAUUCAAUAUCCUGAUGACAAACCUAAGUACAGCUGAUUUGAUUGUAGGGGCUAUAGUUUGUCCACUGUCGAUUCAUUUCCAUCUUAUGGAAGCACUAAGAGAGAGUAUUUCGAUAACAGAGAUCAGGAUAUUUCAUCUCUCAUAUUUUAUAGCAUCUACGGCAUCUGUCCUGAGUCUGGCUUCGCUGGCUAUUGAGAGGUAUGUCGCUAUAAGGUAA